GAGGGAUUUUUUUCUGACUGAGGAACAAAAGACAAACUUCUUCAAACAAUGUCUUCUAGCAAGCAAAAUAAAAAGGCACCUCAUUCUGUUAUGCUUCGUUCUUGAAUGGAUCAAAUUUAUGGGCUGCUGGUAAACACAGGCUCCAGCCACUCCAAACAAAGUGUCGCUCAGCCCAUAUCAGGGACGCCACAGAUCAUCCUGAUGGGUUGUGAUAACUUAACCAGCGGAAAUGGGACUUUGCCGAGCAGGCACCCUUAUGCCGUGCAGACAUCUGUGCCUCUAACAAUACUGGUGGGUAUUCUUAUCCUACUGACUGUGUUCGGCAACGUCCUGGUGGUGAUUGCAGUGACAACUUGUCGAGCCCUCAGAGCACCACAGAACUUGUUUUUAGUCUCACUGGCAUGUGCAGACAUCCUGGUAGCCACUUUGGUAAUGCCAUUCUCUUUGGCUAAUGAACUGAUGGGCUACUGGUACUUUGGUAAAGUGUGGUGUGAGAUCUACCUGGCCUUGGAUGUACUUUUCUGCACCUCAUCCAUCGUGCACCUGUGUGCCAUAAGCCUCGACAGAUAUUGGUCCAUCACUCAGGCCAUUGAGUACAACCUGAGAAGAACACCACGCAGGAUUAAAUGCAUCGUGCUCAUAGUUUGGGUGCUGGCAGCCAUCAUUUCAUUCCCGCCACUUAUCACAAUGGAAAAGGAAGGAGAUAAGCAGGACGGUCCCAAAUGUGAAAUUAAUGGAGAGAAAUGGUACAUCAUAUUCUCCAGCACUGCCUCUUUCUUUGCCCCCUGCGUCAUCAUGAUUCUGGUGUAUGUUAGGAUCUAUCAGGUUGCCAAGAAGAGAACCAGAGCCCUGCCAGGUGACAGGCGAAUGGAAAAAGGCACGCCAGGUGACAAGCAGCAUGGAUUGGACCCCCCGGAGAGGCAAGAUGGAGACGGAAAGGAGGGUGGAGCGGGGGAGGGUGAAGACGUCAACGGGGUAGACGUGGAGGAAGAGUGCUCCUCGUCUGAUGGGAAUGAAACCACCCUGUGUUCAGUAAAGAAGAAGAGGGGUAUAAAAAAGACCAAAGUGACUCAGGUGAAGCCUGGAGAAAGUUCCCCAAAGGGAGACGCGCAGGCCUCUGUGAAAAUGAGCAGGUGGAAAGGCAGGCAGAACAGAGAGAAGCGCUUCACGUUUGUUCUGGCUGUGGUCAUGGGAGUGUUUGUUCUCUGCUGGUUCCCCUUUUUCUUCACAUACACACUCACUGCUUUAUGUGAGUCCUGCUGUGUCCCAAAGACAUUGUUCAAAAUGUUUUUCUGGUUUGGUUACUGCAACAGCUCACUAAAUCCAGUGAUAUACACUAUAUUCAAUAACGACUUCAGGAGGUCUUUCAAAAAGAUCCUCUGCAAAUUUGACAGAGGAGGUUUAUAA